AUGAUUAAACAUAGCAUAAAGGGUUUAUACUGUUUUAUUGAUGAAGUUCGUAAUUGUAGAUGUAAAGAAGAUGAAGAAAAGAAAGUAUUACAAGAAAUAAUUAAGAUAAAGAAAAAGUUUAAUGAAAAGAAUAUAACAAAUUAUAAAAGAAAAAAGUAUAUAUGGAAAUUAAUUUAUUGUCAUAUAUUAGGAUAUGGUAUAUCAUUAUCAUAUUUAGAUAUAAUAAAAUUAAUAAGUAGUAAUAAUUUUAGUGAUAAAUAUUGUGGAUAUACAGCUCUAUCUUUAUUAGUUGAUGAAAAUAAUGAAAUGUUAAAUAUUAUGGUAAGUACCAUAAAAGCAGAUAUAAAAAAUAAUGAUGAAAAAAUAAAUUUCUUAGCUUUUCACUUUGCUAGUCAUAAAAUAAAUGGAUUAUUAAUAGAGAAUUUAUAUGAAGAUAUAUUACAUAUUGUUACUUCUAAUUAUAUAUAUAAACCAAAUAUAAGAAAAAAGGCUUUUUUGUGUUUAGCAAAUAUAUAUAAGAAAAGACAUGAUUUAUUAUUAAGAGGUAAAAAUGAUUUCGAGAUCUUUAAAUUUCUAGAUCAGAAUCUGAAUGAAAUAAACAUGUUUAAUAUAUUUGCUUAUUUAAAUUUAUUAUAUGUAAUAAUAUUAAUAUUUCAAAAAUAUGAAUCAAUGCAUUAUUAUAUAAAAAAGGAAGAAAAAAAAAAAAAUUCAUUAGAUGAAAAAAAUGAUGAUAUAUUAAAAAGAGAAGAAUUAAAAUUCGAUAAUAGUUCAAGUAGUAGCGGUAGUAGUAAUCACAGUAGACGUAUAUCAUUACAUAUAAAAAAUGAAUUAAAAAAAAAAAGAAGUAAAUCAAAUAUAUAUUUAAAUGAACAGAAUUUUUUAUAUAAUGAUUUAAAGAAAGUAGAUAAAAUAUUAGAAAUCGAAUCUGAAUGUACAUUUAAUAUUGAAGAAAUUGAUUUUUAUGAAAUAAAAAAAUAUAUAAAUAAAUAUAUACAUUUUAUAUUAAAUGUAUUAUAUUUAAUAUUAGAUGAAAAUUUAAAAAUUGACGAAGGUUUUUAUUAUUCGCAUGUACGUUAUCCAUUUUUAUUAAUAAAAUGUCUACAGAUGAUACAAUUAUAUGAUGUUCAUAAUUUAUCUCAAACUACUAUAAAUAAUAUAAAUGAUAUCAUGUAUAAAAUAAUAUCCAAGCCUUAUAGAAAAUUACAAGGAAGAUUAGGAAAUGAAAGCAAUCCACUGAAUAAUAAUAUUCCAAAUAAUAAUAGGCAUACUAUUGCUAAUCAUUUUAAUAGUAAUAAUAACAACAACAAUAAUAAUAAUAAUAAUAAUGAUUAUCAUGAUUAUAAUAAUAACAAUAAAAGUAGUAGUAAUAAUAAUAAUAAUAAUAAUAACAGUAGUAAUAUAUUUAAAAAGAGUUUUUCAAAAAAUAGUAUUUAUUCACAUAGUAAAAAAAAUAAAGACAUUUUAAGAAAUGAAAAAAGUGCUAUAUACAUUGAAUAUGGUAUUAUCUAUGAAUGCUCCAAUCUAUAUAAUUUUUUAGAUGAUAAAAUCGAAGAUAGAAAUAGAGAUAUAAUCAUAUGUUUAAUAACUUCAUUUGAUACAAAAAAGUCAAAUAUUAAUUAUGUUAUUUUAAAUAGUUUAUCGAAAUUAAAAAUGAAUUUAAAAAUUUAUAAUAUGUUAGAAACACAUAUUAUGCAUUUAAUAAAUUUAUUAAAUAGUGAUGAUAUUACAAUCAAAUUACAAACAUUUAAUAUUCUAUUUAAUAUGUGUAAUUAUAAUAAUUGGAAAUUACUUAUUAAUGUAUUUUUACAUCAUCUACCAUUUAUCGAUCCAUAUAUACAAAAUGAAGUUAUAAUAAAAAUAUCUAUUCUUGCUGAAAAUUUCUCUCCAGACUUAUCAUGGUAUAUUGAUGUUAUAUUUAAAAUGAUUGAAAUAACUCACAAGUCUAUAUUUCAAGAAGUAUGGUUUAGAUUAGUACAAAUAAUAACUGGAUUUGUAGAAGGUGAUGGUAAAAACUCAUCCAAAUUAUCGAAAGGAGAAAAUAAUGCAUUAAAUAAUAUAAAUAAUAAUAGUAAUGAAAGUAACAAUAGUAAUAAUAAUAGCAACAACAACAAUAAUAAUAAUAAUAAUAAUAACAAUAACAAUAAUAAUAACAAUAAUAAUAUUAAUAAUAAUAAUAAUAAAAAUAAAGAUGACCAGAAAGUACAAACUUAUGCAGCUAUGAAAUGUUAUAGAUAUUUAUCAGAUCAUUUUACAAGAAUUGAAUUGUUAGUAGAUUUAUGUACGUACAUCAUAGGUUCUUUUGGAUAUUUAAUAAAAGAUAAAGUACCUAUGAAAGAACAAUUAAAAAUUCUGGAAAAAUAUUUUGCCUUUGCAUCAUCUAACACCAAAUGUGUUAUUUUAAUGGCUAUUAUGAAAAUGGUUUUUUAUGAUAAUAAACUUAUGAACAGUGUGAAAAAAAUUCUGAACACUUGUAUUAACCAUUCAGAUUUGGAAUUACAAACACGUGCAUGUGAAUUUCUUAAUUUGUGUAAUAUGAAUAAUAUGAGUAUGUUAAAUUAUCUUUUGAAAAAUAUGCCUCUCUACAAUAUGAAGAAGGUGCACGAAAAUUUUCUUAUAAAGAGAUUGCUGGAGACGAACAAACAUGCCGUUAUUGACUUUAAUGAAAAGGAUAACUCUCUCAAAUUCGACAAAAAGCAUGAUAACAAAAAAUCAGGAAAACAUAAUAAACAUAACGACGAAGAGUACAAUGACACUAAUAGCGAUUAUUCACAUAACAAAAUCUCAUCUCAUUCGUCUUGUAAUUCCUCAUCAUCUGAAGAUGUAGAUGAAGAAGAAGAAAAUGAAGAAAAGUAUAGUAAAAAGAGAGGUCGAAAUUUAUCUGAUUCUUCUCAUAAUUCAAAAAAAUCCUCAUCAAGUGUAUCAAGCCAUAAAUCCAAAAAUUCAAGUGAUAAUUCUGAUGAUAAUGAAAAAUUAUUUAAAAUACUUUGUUUACAAAAAGCUAAUAAUAUAAAUGAUUUAUGGUUUAACGCCUGCUUAUUAGAUAAAUGUCUUUUUUUUAAAAAUAAUGUGGUGUCUAUUUUAAUGAAGCAAAAAUAUCAGGAGAAUAAAGGUAUUCUAAUUUUUUAUAUAAAAAAUAUAUCCAAGGCAGUUCUUAACCUUAGCAGCAUUAAUAUUGAAGAGUGUGAACAAAUAAACAUAAAAGAACAAAAAAUUGUUAACAAUGAAAAAAUUGACAGUGAUGGAAUGUAUGUUCACAAAAUAAUUCUUACUGUAUCAGACAUCUUUUACAAUAUACCCAGUAUUUACUUUAACAUAAUGACACCAAAUGCAGCG